AUGCCUGAGAAAGAGGGGGUGAAGAAGGAGGAAGAGGAGGAAUCAGAGGAGGAAAAGCCCCCACCUGCACCCAGGAGGAGGAACAGUAAAGACCCCCCUCCAAAAAUGGGUGGAGAGACUCCCAGUCUGGUCUCCCCAGCAGCUCCCUGUGUCUCUGAGCUCAGGCUGGUCCUGCUGGGUCGCACUGGGGCUGGGAAGAGUGCAGCGGGAAACACCAUCCUGGGCAGAGAGGAGUUUGUGUCCCAUGCCAGCUCACCUCCGGUGACCCUGGAGAGUGAAAAGAAGAGAGAGUGUGUUGCCGGGAGACGGGUGUCUGUGGUGGACACUCCAGACUGGUUCUGUCCUGCACUCUCUCUGGGGGAUUUGAGGCGGGAUGUGGGGCUCUGUUUUAACCUCUCCUCCCCAGGACCCCACGCCUUCCUCCUGGUCAUUCCAGUGGGCAGAUUCACAGGGGAGGAGAGAGGCGUGCUGGACAGGAUCCUGGGAGUGUUUGGGGAGGGUGCAGUGGGACACACCAUGGUGCUUUUCACCCAUGGGGAUGAACUGAGGGACAGGACCAUUGAGGACUUUAUCCAGACAGGGAGUGAGGACCUCCGCUGGCUGGUAGAGAAAUGUGGGAACAGGUAUCAUGUUCUGAACAAUAACAGCAUGGGAGAUGGCACUCAGGUCACACAGCUACUGCAGAAGGUGGAGGAGAUGGUGGCAGGACAAAAUGGCAGCCAUUACUGCAGUGACACCUACAUGAGGGCAGAAUCUAAAAUCAUAGGAUUGACCGAGAUGACUCCUGAUAUUGUAGCCAAGCGCACUGCCCUUGCCGAGUACAAGCGGUCGCCCACUGUGAAGAGCUUGCAGAUUCUCAGGGCCGCCAGGAGCAAGGUUCACCAGUCUGCCAGGCACUGCGCCAGCGAGUAUUGGACACAGCUCAGUAAAAACAUCCAGACCACCACCGAAAUGGGCAACAUCGGGGGGAUGUACGAUGGCAUCAGGAGAUUCGGACCAGCCCGGAACAAGACAGCUCCCCUCAAAUCCUCCACUGGGGAAGUUAUCACAGACAAAGCCCUUGACACCAUCGAAUGCCUGCCGAUCAUGGAAGAGCUUGACACAGAGCCGACGAGCAUGACUGAAUCCUUCCUCACUGAUAUGAAGGGGACUGUGCAGUUCAGUGGCAGCUCCUCUGAGCUCUUCAACAUCCGCAGCAGCGUCAAACAAGGCUGCAUGCUUGCUCCAACACUCUUUGGGACCUUCUUCGCUCUGCUCCUGAAGCACACCUUCGGCACUGCGACAGAGGGGAUCUACCUGCGUACCAGAUCAGAUGGCAGGCUUUUCAGCCUUGCCCGCCUCAGAGCCAAGACAAGGGUUACAGAGGCACCACCAGUCAUCUCCAUCAACGACUACGAACUCAAUGUCAUCCAUCAGUUCACCUACCUCGGAUCCACCAUCACCGACAACCUCUCCCUGGACACACAAAUCGACAAGAGGAUUGGAAAGGCAGCUAUAACACUUGCCCGCCUCACCACUCGAGUGUGGAAUAACCCCAAGCUGACGGUGAAGACCAAGAUGGCAGUGUACGACACCUGUGUCAUCAGCACAUUGCUGUAUGGAAACGAGUCAUGGACUACUUAUGCCAGACAGGAGAGAAGACUUAACACCUUCCACCUGAGAGGCAUCCGUCAUAUCCUGGGCAUAUCCUGGCAAGACGGAGUGCCCAAUGCCGAGGUCCUGUCUCGUGCUGACCCUGCCAGCAUGUUCACUCUGCUCAGACAGCGCAGGUUGGGCUGGCUGGGCCACGUCCACUGCAUGGAGGAUGGCCGCAUCCCAAAAGACAUCCUCUAUGGGGAGCUGGCAUCUGGGACGAGAACCAAUGGUCGCCCCAAACUGCGUUACAAGGAUGUCUCCAAAAGAGACAUGAAGCCGCUCGAAAGUAUCUGUGCAAUUCAGGAAGCUGAAAACGAAAGGGCCUUCAUCAAGCCAAAGACGAGUGUGAGAAGAAUGGCAUCGGCUAAACCCCCCCUCCUCCCGGAGCUGAGGCUGGUGCUGCUGGGAUGGACAGACAGUGGGAAGACCUGCGCAGGAAACACCAUCCUGGGCAGAAAGGCGUUUCUCACACAGAAAUCAACGGAGGAGUGUGAGAGGCAGCAGGGUCAUGUCAAAGGGAGGGAGGUGACUGUGGUGGACACACCAGGCUGGAAAAGAAUCGCGCCUCUAACGUUUUUCAGGAAGGACAUUGUGCGUGGCGUGGAGCUGUGCCCCCCAGGGCCCCAUGCCCUCCUGCUGGUGCUCCGCCUGGACAAGGAGGUGGAGGAGAAGUCUCUGGAGGAGCUGCUGGCCCUCCUCAGUGACAGAGUGUGGAGACGCACCAUAGUGCUCUUCACCCAUGCUGACACAGGGGGAGCCAUCGAGCACCGCAUCGCCAGCAAGGGGAAGGCCCACCAACGGCUUCUGAAAAAGUGCGGGAACAGGUACCAUGUUUUUAACAAUGUGAACUGGGGCAACAGCUCUCAGGUAACAGAGCUGCUGGAGAAGAUCGAGGGGAUGGUGGAGACAAACCAAGAAAAAUUCUUACCCAGUAGAGAUGUCAGUAAAGUGUUAUUCACCAAGAGAGAAGAGCAGAGGGGAGACAGAGAGACUCAGAGAGAGGAAACACCAGAGAACAGGGGGAUGAAAGGGGACCAGGAGCAGACGUUGGAUAAGGAAGAGCUCCCUCCAGUGGUCAGGAGGAACAGCAUGGAAAUCCCUCCAAAAAAGAGGGAAGAGGAGACCUGUUUCCAGACAGAAGAGACAGCAAUGAUGCCUCAGAAAGAGGGGAUGAAGAAGGAGGAAGAGGAGGAAUCAGAGGAGGAAGAGCCCCCACCUGCACCCAGGAGGAGGAACAGUAAAGAACUCCCUCCAGAAAGAGAGGGGCUACACAGGGCUCAGAGGAGGAGAGAAGACCUGGAGAUGCUGGCACAGGAGAUACCAACCAAGAUGGACCCUCAACAGGAAACAGAGGAGCUCACACUUCCUGUUAAAAGAUGCAGUGAUGUGGGUGGAGAGACUCCCAGUCCGGUCUCCCCAGCGGCUCCCUGUGUCUCUGAGCUCAGGCUGGUUCUGCUGGGUCGCACUGGGGCUGGGAAGAGUGCAGCAGGAAACACCAUCCUGGGCAGAGAGGAGUUUGUGUCCCAGGCCAGCUCACUUCCGGUGACCCUGGAGAGUGACAAGAAGAGAGGGUUUGUUGCCGGGAGACGGGUGUCUGUGGUGGACACUCCAGACUGGUUCUGUCCUGGAUUCUCUCUGAGGCAGAUGAGUUGGGAUGUGGGGCUCUGUUUUAACCUCUCCUCCCCAGGACCCCACGCCUUCCUCCUGGUCAUUCCAGUGGGCAGAUUCACAGGGGAGGAGAGGGGCGUGCUGGACAGGGUCCUGAGAGUGUUUGGGGAGGGUGCAGUGGGACAUACCAUGGUGCUUUUCACCCAUGGGGAUGAACUGAGGGACAGGACUAUUGAGGAGUUUAUCCAGACAGGGAGUGAGGACCUCCACUGGCUGGUAGAGAAAUGUGGGAACAGGUAUCAUGUUCUGAGCAAUAACAGCAUGGGAGAUGGCACUCAGGUCACACAGCUACUGCAGAAGGUGGAGGAGAUGGUGGCAGGACAAAAUGGCAGCCAUUACUGCACUGACACCUACAGGAGGGUAGAAUCUGAAAUCAUAAAAUUAAAGGAGCAGUUACUGACAGGGAGACAGGAGAGAAGGAAGAAUGAAGAGGAGAGGGUGAAGGAGAAGAAUGAGAAGGAAAUGCAGAACUAUCGCAAUUUAUGA